UCUGGCCUUGAGUCCUGGAAUUAUGACACGGAGAUGCUUGAUUUUCCAUUGGACCAUAGAUAGUCCACUGUGUCUUCAUCAGCCAUGGGCUGAACGCAUGGCAGGGUCAUCUCGUUCAAAGGCAUCCUGGAAGAUGCUUUCUUUACUAUCACUUGCCUGCUUGAUAUUCUGUGGUCACGCGACAGACCCAGCUUCAGCCAGGCUUCUUAUCCUCCCAGAGACGUCUGACCUAAGCACAAACACAGAGGGCCUAAUGCUACAGUGUGUUGUUGAGCCCGACAAGGACUGGAAAUAUUUAUGGUAUAAAAACCACAACAGCUCCCGUCCAUUCGUCAAGUCUCAAUACAAUACUUAUAGUGUGGACACGUCCAAGGGUGCAGGCCUGUACCGGUGCCAGGGAGAAAGCCUGUCUCCCAACACAAAAUCCAAUUACAGCAACUGGGUGUAUGUUCCUCCUAUAUGUACCACACCAAGGACCAAACAGUUUGGGGAUGACAAACACAACAAACUUGGGAGUAACCAACUGUUCGUAGGCAUUGCCAUUGGACUUCUACUGGGAUCAACACUCACUCUCUUUCUCUUAAGGAUAUGGGGCCGUUGCCUGCCACCAUCAAGAGCACUGUGGUUCUGCAGACGCUCUCAGGCACCCUCUAGUGAUCAGUUUAAAGCUGUUGACUGCAUUGAAGAACCCCAGGAGAAUGGCGUGGUGCAACAUGCGAGUGAAAACCUCCCUGAUGAACCCACUGCAGCUGCACCAGGGGACCCAAAAUCCAUUUACGUCAAGCUAACACACCCUACAACCACAAAUGACUGUGUUGCACCAGGGGACCCAAAAACCAUUUACGUCAGGCUAACACACCCUACAACCACAAAUGACUGUGAUGGUCCACAACCUCCACAUACGGUAUAUGCAAAACUGACUCAACCCGAGGCCGCUAAUAACUCUGAUGGACAAGGAGACCCUAAAACAGUUUAUGCCAAGCUAACACAUCCUCUGAACACAAACUACUGUGAUGAACAAAGACAUCCUCAUACACUGUAUGUCACUCUGACACCACCUAAUACCACAGACGACUGUGGUGACCCCGCACCACUGCUCAGCCAUACUCAAGUGAACUGAUCCAAUGUAACCUGUGCUGUCCAACCUCAGCUUAUGCAGUCAGAAACCACAUCAGGCAGCUCUCUAUAUACAUGGAUUCCAAUUGCUUACAAACCACACAAUGCGUGGGGUAAAACUGCAGGAUUUGAGUCCUCUGUGGUAUUACGUGUUACCAAGUGUUUUCUCUAAGUGAUUGAGGUCCCAGCUGUUCUUGGGUGCUUUCUCUUUGUUCUCCUGAUUAUUGA